AUAGAAUUCGAGAAUUAGACCAACGAACCGCGAUCUUCUUCAACUUUCACCCUCAAUCCAAGCCGUCUCACCGCCCAUCAUGAGUUACGGCAAGAAAGAUGAAGAUGCCGACCUCGGCCUGGUCAAGGUCGACCGUACCCAGGUUUUCCAAGAAGCUCGAUUGUUUAACAGUUCCCCUAUCCAACCCCGAAGAUGUCGCAUACUCUUAACGAAGAUUGCUCUCUUAUUAUAUACCGGAGAGAAGUUCCCGACAAAUGAAGCCACCACCCUAUUCUUCGGUAUUUCGAAGCUAUUCCAAAAUAAAGAUGCCAGCUUGCGACAGAUGGUCCAUCUCGUCAUUAAGGAGAUUGCCAACUCCGCCGAGGAUAUUAUUAUGGUCACGAGCACUAUAAUGAAGGAUACUGGUGGUAGCACAGACGCAAUUUAUAGACCAAAUGCUAUCCGAGCUCUGUGUCGCAUUAUCGACGCGACCACCGUCCAAUCGAUCGAGCGUGUGAUGAAGACAGCGAUAGUCGACAAGAACCCCUCAGUAUCCUCCGCCGCUCUCGUAUCCUCCUACCACCUCCUACCUAUCGCCAAGGAUGUCGUUCGACGGUGGCAGUCCGAAACCCAGGAGGCUGCAGCUUCAACCAAGUCCUCCGGGGGCUUCUCUUUAGGAUUCUCAUCUUCUUCCGCCUCCCUCCCAGUCAACAACUCGACUAUGACCCAGUACCACGCCAUUGGUCUUCUAUACCAGAUGCGGGCACAUGAUAGGAUGGCUCUAGUCAAAAUGGUGCAACAAUUCGGUGCUGCCGGUGCCGUUAAGAGCCCUGCCGCCAUAGUGAUGCUAGUCAGGUUAGCUGCGCAAUUAGCUGAGGAGGAUCAGUCACUCAGAAAACCCAUGAUGCAACUAUUAGAUGGAUGGUUAAGGCACAAGAGCGAAAUGGUUAACUUCGAGGCUGCUAAGGCGAUCUGCGAUAUAAGAGACGUCACGGAUGCCGAGGUCACUCAAGCCGUCCACGUCUUGCAGCUAUUCCUUUCUUCGCCUCGCGCUGUCACUAAAUUCGCUGCCCUGCGAAUUCUGCAUAACUUCGCCUCCUUCAAGCCACAAGCGGUCAACGUUUGCAACCCCGAUAUCGAGGCCCUCAUCUCGAAUAGCAACCGAUCAAUCGCUACGUUUGCUAUCACUACGCUCUUGAAGACCGGUAAUGAAGCGAGUGUGGAUCGAUUGAUGAAGCAAAUCACUGGGUUUAUGUCCGAAAUCACGGACGAAUUCAAGAUCACUAUUGUUGAGGCUAUCCGAACGCUUUGCCUCAAGUUCCCAAGCAAACAGGCUGGCAUGCUUGCUUUCCUCAGCGGUAUUCUGCGCGACGAGGGUGGUUAUGAGUUCAAGCGUGCUGUAGUGGAAAGCAUGUUCGAUCUUAUCAAAUUCGUGCCGGAUUCUAAGGAAGAUGCUCUCGCUCACCUCUGCGAGUUCAUCGAAGACUGCGAGUUUACCAAGCUGGCCGUUCGCAUCCUACACUUACUCGGUCUAGAAGGACCUAAGACCUCUCAACCCACCAAGUACAUCCGAUAUAUUUACAACCGAGUUGUUCUCGAAAACGCCAUAGUGAGGGCGGCUGCUGUUACUGCUCUAGCCAAGUUCGGCGUAGGCCAGAAGGACCCCGAGGUAAAACGUAGUGUCGAUGUCCUACUAACUCGGUGCCUGGAUGAUGUUGAUGACGAGGUCCGUGACCGUGCUGCACUUAACCUUAGAUUAAUGCACGAGGAAGAUGACCUAGGUGAUCGCUUCAUCAAGAACGAAAACAUGUUCUCUCUUCCUUACUUCGAACAUCAACUUGUCAUGUAUGUGACCUCGGAUGACAAGUCAGCUUUCGAAAAUCCUUUCGAUAUCGCCCAGAUCCCGGUCGUCACCCGGGAACAAGCAGAUGCCGAGGACAGGACGAAGAAGCUUACCGCAACUACGCCAUCCCUAAAGCCGCCCAAGACAGGACCCACAAAGACGGCAACGACAGGCCCCGAGGCGCAAGCUUCGGCGGUUGCUGCGGCUCAGAAGUACGCCCAAGAGCUUAUGGCUAUCCCAGAAAUGAAGGAAUUCGGCAGCGUCCUCAAGUCGUCUCCUGUUGUCGAACUGACCGAGGCCGAGACAGAAUAUGUCGUAUCUGUUGUCAAGCAUAUCUUCAAAGAGCAUAUUGUACUUCAGUAUGAGGUUAAGAACACUCUCGAAGCAACAGUUCUCGAGAAUGUGUCUGUUGUAGCCACACCCUCUGACGAGGAAGAACUAGAGGAAGUAUUCAUUAUCCAAGCAGAGAAGCUUGCUACAGGCGAGCCCGGAAAGAUUUACGUAGCCUUCAAGAAGAUUGGCGGCGAAGGAUCGUUACCUACAGCCACAUUCUCCAACAUACUUAAGUUUACGAGUAAGGAGAUCGACCCUACUACGAAUGAGCCUGAGGAGACCGGCUACGAUGAUGAGUACGAGGUGUCAGAUUUCGAUCUUGCGGGUAGUGAUUACGUAAUACCCACGUUUGCAGGAAACUUCAACCACGUGUGGGAGCAAGUCGGCGCCGCCGGCGAAGAGGCUGAGGAGACUAUGCAAUUGUCAGGUGUGAACAGCAUUGCAGACGCUACGGAACAGCUCGCCAAAGCACUUUCGCUACAACCGUUAGAAGGCACAGACGUACCAGUCAACCAGACAACACAUCAACUGAAGCUUCUCGGCAAGACAGUAAACGGUGGAAGAGUAGUGGCACAUGUCAGGAUGGCAUACUCAUCCAAGUCGGGCGUAACAACCAAGAUCACAGUACGCAGCGAAGAGGAGAACGUGGCUGCGAUGGUGGUAGCGUCCGUGGCAUAAUAAUGAAGGUUUCUGGAAAGGCGUUUCUGCAAAAAAUGAUGAGCGAUGUCCUUUCGGUUUUUGAGGGUAUCUCACCUACCUGGUAGGUUAUGCAUAUUAUUAGAGUAUGGAGAAAGGGGCGGGUGGCAGGGCUUGUAGUGAGAGGACUCGAGUUGAGGUGAGCUAAGGACCGAAUCCCCAAUGUUUAUAAGAGAAGAAGAGGGAGAGAAGAAUGUCUUGGUAGGCCUUUGAGUGCCGUAACAAAACCAGAAUAUGAAUUGAUCAAUAAUGAAAAUUGAUUUGGUUCAUGCCAGGUGUAUCGAUCGGGUGAUAUGAAUCAAUUCAGGCAUUGAGGUUAUACACUGACAAGGGUGAUAGGGUUUGGUAGAGUCACAGGGGUUACAGUGGUUGCAGGGGUACUAUGGCGCGAACUUUAGGGACCCUUGUACCCCAUUAACACGUCAGACGCGCAAAUCAGUCGCGCUAAUUGGAACCCAC